GUGCCUUAUGAACUGCUGCAUAUUGUCUUUGUUAUAAAUAAAAUUCUCGAGCUGUAGGACCUCUUCUUAGAACGAUUUCACAAUAAUGCUGUGAAAAUUGCUGACGAAUGAACUUUUUGUAUUGAAUGAUAUUCGCGGGAAAUAGAAGGCUUGCGGUGUAACACGCAUAAAAAUGAGCAAACAGUUUUCAGAAGGAUAUUCUUCACUGCGUGAAGAUGUGAGAGCCUUCAUCGUAAAUUUACAUAUCCACAUUAAAGAGCAAAAUGUCGUGGAGAUUGAAAAUGACACUCAAGUUAAGUUUCCCAAACUAACGGAGCAGUAUUUCAUGACUACCAGAUGGCCAAGCGUAGAUAUCAUUAAACAAAUUGUUGACGAUUCAUUUUUUCUCAUGCUGUAUAACGAACUCUAUUAUCGACACAUUUACGCUCACGUGAGCACCGGUUUAACAGUUGAAGAUAGGAUUCAGUCAUAUUUAAACUAUACUAGUUUAUUUAAUGCACUUUUAGUUGCUGAGCAACCAGUUAAUUUGGUUCUCCCUAAUCAGUGGUUGUGGGAUAUAAUAGACGAGUUUCUUUACCAGUUUCAAAAGUUCUGCAGUUUCCGCAGUCGGUUAAAACUCAAGCCUGAAGAUGAAGCUCAACUUUUAAAGAAUCCAAAAAUAUGGAGCAUACAUAGCGUUUUGAAUGUUCUAUACUCUUUAGUUGCCAAGUCAAACAUCAAUGAGCUACUAAGCUAUUAUGCUCAGCAAGGCGACCCGGAUGACAUUGCAGAUGAUUUUGGUCGUUGCGUACUCUACAAAAUGCUCGGGUUCUUCAGUCUUAUUGGACUUUGUCGAUUACAUUGUUUACUAGGUGAUUAUUAUACAGCUAUUAAAGUUUUGGAAAAUAUUAAAUUCAAUCGUCUUGUAAGUUCUUUUUUCUCAAUUACUAUUGUCAUAAAUUCCAACUUCUGUAUCCGCACCCAUCAAUAGAAUUACUGAUUUGAGUCCAUUAAUAAGAAUAUCUGCCUUACUCUUAAUAUUCCCAACCACCACUUUACCCCUAUAAAAUCAAUAUCACCGCCAAUAACGACUGCAUAUCUCGGUUCCCAUUGGUCCACACAGCUCUAGUUUUUAUCCUAAAUUGCAAGUGAGAACACGAAAAUAGCCAGCCGAAUUAUUCUCAAAAUUUAUCUUUUUUCUACUCAUUGUAUUACUGUGUGACUCAAAAACUCAUGAUUAGUUACAUCAAUUACAGGACCACAAUGCAUCGUAAGUAAUAAAUUACAAUAUUUACCUGAAUAAGUCAUUUGUAGUAGAAAACUGAGUGAUAGGUAUAUUAUUAAUUAACUGUAAACUAUGAUCAAUUAACGAUAUGUGACUUUACUUAUAAUUAUUUCAGUAUAAAAAUAUUACUGUAGCCUAAAUAUCUGGUAAACAUACGAUAAAAAAUAUAAUCUAUCGUUGGAUAGUCCUCAUCGUUCCACCCUUUUUCACAUCCUUCCAAAUCUUACAACUUUCUACUCCAUCAGAUACAAUUGUUUGUCAGUUAAUCCUUAAGAAUAUUUCUUCCGGUUGACUGUACUUGGUGAUUUGGAUAUUUGACUAAAAUUAUCUACUUACUUAUCUGUAUAUCAACCAACACUUUUGAUCUCUAUCACUUUGUCAAUUUUUAUCAUCUAUUAACUCAAAUUUUGCGGCUUCUAAUAGUUAUUUGUGCUUAUUCAAACUCUUGUCGUCAAUUAUUUUGACAUCACUAAACUCACUUGUUCGAUGUAAUAAUUCUUUAUUUGCAGUUACGUUUAAUGGCCAAGGCAUUUAGCUUUAUAUCAUCAGAUCGCAUAUUUGAACCCUGCCCUCGGUUAGUGUUAAGUAGCUCUCAAAUCAAAAGUAUCACACGAAUUUGAUGAUAUCAACCUUUGCUCAAGUUUACCAUUGUUUCAUUUGAAUCGACUGCACAUUUAUUUGUACACCAUAGAUGUAACAUUGAUUUAGUUUGCAGGGAAGACUAGAAUUUAACAAAAGUUUGAAGCAAGUCACUAAACCCUUUAGUCCAUACAUUUCCGUAUAUAUAUAUAUAUAUAUAUAUAUAUAUAUAUAUAUAUAUAUAACUUGGUUAUUGCUUGUUAUUUAUUAUAGACCACUCAAAGAUAUAUUACUUGGAAUCUGGAAUUACCCACCUUACUUAAACCUGUUAUCCCUCUUGGAACAUGCUUCCGAUCAGGGAUCUCCAAGCAACUCUGUCCUAGACUCUCCUUUCUGUCUGUCGACGAGUGUCUUUCACGGCUAUAAUGUUUACUUCCAAUUCCCGGCUCCUGAUACCAACAGUAAUUCUAGACAGGUGCUCCGGGUCGAGUUGAUAGCUUACGUUACAUGUAUGAAAUUAUGUAUGUUUUCUUUACUUACCUAAUACCAACAUGCUUGCUUGUUUGCGUUUUGCUCAUCUCACUUACUGUAAAUAUGUGUAUCCAUUAUCAUAUUGUUAGGAAAUGUAUCAUGAAGUACCUACUUGUCAUAUUACAACUGGUUAUUAUGUUGGAUUUUCUUAUAUGAUGAUGCGCUCGUAUCAUAAUGCUGUAUCUACAUUAUUAGCCACAUUGUCAUAUAAAUCACGUGCAAUAGGUCUUAUAUCUCAACGUGCUGAUCUAAAAGAAUAUGUUAAUAAACAGGCGGAUCAAAUGAUGUCUUUGUUAGCUAUCUGUGUAACUAUGAUUCCCACUUCGGUUGAUUACAAUAUUGAUUUGGAUAAACGAGAGAAAUUCACGGAGACGCUUAAUCGAUUGCAACAGAUAGAUGAAGCCGAAUUCGCUAGUUCAUUUGAUCUUGGCUGCCCAAAAUUUAUCUCACCAGAAACUCCGUAUUACGCCAAAGCUUUACCAAUAAGUGAUUCAAUCACUCCUUUGGAACCACAACGUCAACAAACUGAUUUAUUCAAAACAGAAAUUAUUCAACAAAUUGAACUAUUACGUCUUCGUUCAUAUCUUAAGCUUUAUACAAAUAUCUCUGCAUCGAAAUUGGCUAAUUUCAUGAGUGUAUCUGAACCAUCUUUACAUAUGGAAUUAAUGGCUUACAAGUAUCGGUUAAAACAAACUAUGAGUCAAGCUAUUGACGCUGCAAAAGAUGGUAACGGUUUUGGUACAUCGAUCAAUUCUGAUUUGAACAGUUCUCAGCAAAUGCAUCCACAUUUGGAUUUUUAUGUUGAUAAUGAUACAAUUUAUGUCGCUGAUACAACUGUUGAUAGAAGAUUUUCAGAAUAUUUCAUUCUUCAUAUUGAACAAUUACAACAGAUGAACAAGACAUUGGAUACAUUGGAACGACGUAUACAUGAAGCAAAUGUUCAAGAACCAAAUGAUGCAGCUCAACUCAGAUCUUAGCUUCAUCAUGAAUUCAUGCUACAUUCUGUUAAGUGUCUACUCUGUAUCGUUUAUUGUUUAAUAAAGUUGAUCACUUGGACAAAGCUGUUGUGUUUGGUUUUUUUUCUACUAUUCUCACUGGACUGUUUGCUUAUUAAUAGUAGUAUGUAUGCAAAUCAUAGUAUUUUCAUUUUGUACUAACAUAAUUAGAGGUGAUUUUAUGCGGUUAUUACUCCUCUCGCUCAGUUUUUAAGAAAAACAAGUGUCUAGUAUAGUAAGAUGAACAAAUAUAAGUAUAUAAAUAAAUAAUAAGUUUGUAAUAUCCCAAUGAGUAGAAAAAUUAGAUUUCGUGACUUAGUGUAAGUCACUUCUUCAGAAAAUAAAUUACCAAAUUAAAAUUAAUCCAAGUUUAAAUAGUACAACGGAACAAUAAGAAUAAUAUGUGAUCAAUCAAAAAUGGGUCUGAACAAGUGGAUGUCAUGUCAUUCCUGUCAAGGUGAUUCAUAAGUGAUAUGUAUGUAAAUUUGUGUGUAUGUAUGUGUGCACUGUUUAAGGAUGAAAAAUUGUGUGACAUUUAUGGUGAGAAAACAUCAGCAUUAAAAUCUAAUUCGAAUGAUCUAAGAAGAAUUGUUCAUAAUCUCUCGGACAGAAGCUUAACCAGUCAUGAAAUCACUCUACUGGAGAAAGGAUUCAAUUUCAAUUUACAUAGAAAACCACUUAGUACUGUUGAAAUUGCUCCAAUUAUAGAACCAAGAAUCGCACAACUACCGGAAAAAGAGUCGCAUUUAUUACGUCGAAAACACAUUACACCAAACAUUUCAAAAGAAGAAUUAAAGGCUCUGAAUUCGCUUCAAAAAGACGAAACGAUUAUCAUCACAAAAGCCAACAAAGGCAACUCAAUAGUAGUCAUGAAUAAAGCUACUGAACAUCUCUCAACAGGACCAUACGAAAAGAUCAAUCAGAAAAAAUUCUCAAACGAUUAAAAGUAAAGUCAAAUCAGAAACAAGUCAACUUUUGAAAGAGCUAAAACCAGUCAUUGGUGUCUCGCUUUGGUUUGCUCUGCAUCCCAAAUCAUGUAAUUUUUCACGGUUUUAUGGUUUAUCAAAAAUUCAUAAACCAGAUAUCCCUCUAAGACCGAUAUUAGACUUUACCAACACAUGCGUUAUCGAAAUAUCUAAGCAAAAUAUUAAAACCACUACAGCUUAACUUACAUAAUAUGAUUUAAGAUACAUAUUACUUUAAAUCAAAAUUAUCAAGAAGAAUGAGAUCAUGGUAAGCCUUGAUGUCGUCUCUUUAUACACCAGUAUUCCCAUUGAUAAAUGCUUAGAAUUCAUUAGUGCCUUACUAGAGAACGACAAUACUCUUUCUGACAGAUGUCCUUUGAGCAUCAGUCUAAUCAUGAAAUCUUUAAAACUCUGCUUAAAUCCGACUCUAUUCACUUUUAACGGGAUGUUAUAUAAACAAACUAACAGUGUAGCAAUGGGAUCCCCCGUGUCCCCGAUUGUAGCCAACCUUUUUAUGACACACAUAGAAUCAAAUAUCUUCGCCCACGACAUUAUACCACGAAUUUGGCUUAGAUAUGUAGAUGAUACAUUUGUUGUGAUAAAAAAGACUCAUCUAAAAUCUUUUUCAAAAGAGAUAAAUACACUUUCAUCUCACAUCAAAUUCACGAAUGAAAAUGAACAUGGUAAGCUACCAUUCGUAGACUGCUUAGUGAAAAAAAAUCUAAAUGGAAUUCUAAAUCUAUCCAUCUACCGAAAGCCUACACACUAGUCGCUAUACUGACUUCCAUUCAGCACAUCCUUUCAGUGCUAAGAUCUCGCUAGCCUUAAAUCAUUUUAGGAGAGCUAACAAGAUCACAUCAGAAGAAGACAAACAAAAAGAACGAAAGAAUGUAAUUAGUAUCUUAAAAUUUAAUAAUUUUCUUAUGAAGAUUAUCAGAAGUAUAUUAAAACAAGACGGUUUAGUGCGUUAUAAUAAUAAUUCGAAUGAAAUGCCAUGGAUUGGUACUGCAGUUCUGCAAUACCGUUAUGGCACAACAGAAAAGCUUCAAAGAGUCUUAAAACAACACAGAAUUAAAGUAUAUUACAAAACAACGAAAACACUCUGAAAUACUUUAGUUCGCUUGAAAGAAAAAAUCCCUUCCAUGUCCACACAGAACUGCGUCUACAAAUUAGGUUGUAUCGAUUUUGAUGCCUUCUCUAUUGGAGAGUCAUCCCGCGAAAUCUUGACUAGAGCCAAGGAACAUAUUAGGUACACAAAGAAGCCUCUUAACAAUCCCUUACAAUUGGAUAAACUUCAAAAUAAAUCGGCACUAGCAGUUCAUGCCAUUUUCAAAGACCACCAAAUUGAUUUCAAAAAUAUCAAAAUAUUGCAAAAAGGCUUUUCCAAUUACAAAGAUAGGAGAGUAGCUGAAGCGUUCCAUAUAAUGCUUAAUCCUACUUCUCUCAAUACAAAAGAAGGCCUUACCAUACAUCCUACGUAAACUAUCUAUCCUAGCCAUUCAGUCUGAUCUUAUUUAUAAUUCACACUGUCAUCUCACAAAUUAAACUCUAUCCUUUCGCACUUUAAAUGUCACACAAUUUUUCAUCCUUAAACAGUACACACAUACAUACAAAUUUACAUACAUAUCACUUAUAAAUCACCUUGACCAAAAUGACAUGACAUUAACUUGUUCAGACCUGUAAUUCAGAUGCUGUAUUUCAUUUACCAGAAAUAGACGCGUUUUUUUCUGUAAUCUUAACCGUUAUGUAAGCAGUGAAGUGCCCAACAUAAUUGUUUUGUUGUUUUACUGAAUUUCCGUGACUUAAUUUUUGUUAACUAUAAAAUCCUCUAUUUGGUGAUUUCUAUACACUGAAAUGGAAACGAUACUCAUAAGUUUAUCAUGACCACAGUAUGUAAAAAAUAAUGGUAAGCAAAUUUGUAAAACCCUUCAUAAUCUUUUGGGAUAAUGAGUUCGCCUGUUGAUUAACUCAUCUGUUCAUCUUUGUGAAGAUCGCAAAUUCAAACGUUACUUCACCACUUUCACUAGGAUUAAGCGUAAAGCAUCAUUAAAAAGCAUAGCACAAAAGCGUCUGACUUAUGAAGCGCGAAUUACGUAACCAUAUAUAUUAGGUAAACAAUACAAAGUGAUAGUAAGUAGUCCACCGGUUUUCUCGCUAUCAAUCUUUACUUAUUAUGUGUGGUUCCAUAAUCUAUUUCAUCGGGAUCACUGACUCAUAAGCUACCUAGAUUUAUUUAAUAUUUUCACAUACAUAUAUAAAUAUUCAUUUAUAUUACAGUAAUGCCUUAUAAUGAUCUUACUGAAAACAACAUUAUUCGCCUAUUUUUGUUGUUCCAAUUUUCAUCUUAACCAUACACCAUAUUGUAAACUUUUGAAAUUUACCAUUUAAAUAGUACUAUUUUCAUCUCUCCUAAGUCAUGUGGUAUAUCCAUCCGUUUGUGUGUAUAUGUUGUGUGGCAAAAGAAUUCAUUUACGGUUGAUACCAAAGGAUACCUGAUAGUAUCUACAUUAACCGUACAGUGAAGAAGCAGUUUGUCUUAUUUCCCAACAGCUAAAUCAAUCGUAAGUCAGUCAUUGGUAAUGUGAGAUGAGUGUCACAUGGAAUAAAGAUAGAGGCAAAUGGAUCUUCCGUUCUAUCCCUUGUAUGUGUACGCCGAUAAAAGAGAGGGAGUCAUGAAUAAUAAUGUGGCAGUUGUCCAAUACUUUUCGGCUUUUCUUGCAAUUCCAACUCGUCAGUUUGUAGUGGAAAUAACUUCCACACUAUAUUUUUUCUUUAAUCACAGUUCAAUUGUAACUAUUAUUACUGUUAUUCAUUUGAAGAUCGAGUUUCUUUCUUUUUCUUGUGAACAUUUAGAAAUUCUCUUCUCUAUGCUAGAAAAUCUAAAUCCAGUGUUACAUGUACCUGUAAAGCCUCGGCUAAAUAGACUAGGCUUAAAUAUUAAUAACUUUGAGUGGGAUGGUCAACGUCAACUUAUUGAUAAAGCAGAAAUAUUUGAUCAUAUUCGUGAUAUUCGAGAUCCUGAACAUCCUCAUAGUCUUGAAGUGUUAAGUGUACUGACUGAUGAUUGGAUUAAUGUGAAUGAUGCCGAAAGUUGGGUUUGUGUUGAAUAUUCACCUACAAUCCCUGGUUGCAGUAUGGCUACAUUAAUUGGAUUGGCUAUUAAAGUGAAAUUAAUUCGUUCACUUCCCCGACGAUUUAAAAUUGAAGUCAAGGUGAAACCUGGUACACAUGAUUCUGAAGAUGAAAUUAAUAAGCAACUUGCUGAUAAAGAACGUGUGGCAGCUGCUUUGGAAAAUCCCGCCCUGCUUAAACUAGUAAAUAAUUGUCUAGCAGUUCAAAAUGAGUAAAGUAUAUUUCAGAUGGCCCUACUCAUUCACUUGUCAUUACUUGAAAACAACAUUACAUGUAUAUUAACUGAAAGAAUGUUUGACUUUUAUUUCAUAAAUUCUUGUAUAUUGUUGUGAAUAAAUAGUAAUUUAAAUGUACUUCUGAAAAGUUAUUUAUUCUUUCGUUACUAAUCUUUAGUAUCAAGUUUUAAAGAAGUUUGUAAUUAAACUGUAAACUUACAUUUUUAGAUCAAACUUGUUCACUUCUUUUUCAACUAUUUUUAAAUUUCACUGGUAACAAUUUUACAAAAUAAACCUCAUUAUUUGGUCCUCAGUUUUACACAAUCUAGAUCAUUCACGCGCAGACAUGCUUCAGUCCAAUGAUAAUGCACAAUUAAACCAAGGUGACAGAAAUGCGUAGAAUUUUUGUUUCGUGCCUGUUGGAACUGUACAAUUUUGAUUAUUCUUAAUCUUCGGUUAGUAGCCGGCCAACAUUACUCUGGAUUCGAACACCUUGUCAGUCGAUCUAACAAUGAAACAACUUUUUUGGCCAAACUUUAUUUUGGAUACAGAUUUCGUGCAUAAGGAUAUACUAACCUCGAUCACAGAUUGUGAUAAGAAAGGCAGUUUCCCUUAAGCGAGUUACUACAAAAUUAAUGGACACACGAGGGUACAUAUACUGAUCUCUACAAACUAGUACUGCAGCACGAAAAAAAAUGAAAAAUACCUGAAUACCAUCUUCCAAAAGAGCGGCUACCCAAUCAACUUCAGAAAAUCACCAGCCACACACAUCAUCAGGAACAAAGUGAAGUACAGAAAUCAACAAAAGGGUCACCCUACCGUACAUCGAAGGCAUAUAAGAAACAACAAGACUGUUGAAACCCUUCGGAAUAGGUGUUGCGCACAAACCAACAAAAUCACUACAUCAGACCUAUGGAAACCAAAG